AUGACAAGCUGGUACAACUGGUGUACGUUUGACAUCAUCUCCGACCUCGCCUUUGGGGAGCCCUUUGGAUGCUUGCAAAACAGCGCCUACCACCGGUGGGUUGCAGCCAUCUUUGGCGCUGUAAAGCAGAACGCGCUGAUGGGUCUCCUUGGGAGAUAUGCGUUGCUCACGCCCUUGUUGCAGCUGUUGAUCCCGCAGUCGGUGAGAAGAAGGGCGCAGGAGCACUUGGAAUUGACCCACGCAAAGGUUGACAAGAGGCUUGCACUGCCGACACCGAGGCCGGAUUUUAUGGAUUCUAUGACGAUGAAAGGAGACCUUACUAUGAGCCGAGCGGAAAUCUACGACAACGCCAACCUCCUCAUCGGAGCCGGUUCUGAGACGACCGCGACCGCCCUCUCCGCCGCGACGUAUCUAUUGGCGGUGAACCCCGAUGCCCUGGCUAGGCUGGUUACUGAGGUCCGCGAAUCGUUCUCGUCAGAGAGCCAGAUCGAUUUCGUCAGCGUCCAGAAGUUGGAUUGCAUGCUGGCUGUGUUGGAUGAGGCUUUGCGAUGA